AUGCUGGGGAAUAAGUGGUCAGCAAUUGCUGCUCGUUUACCUGGAAGAACCGAUAAUGAAAUCAAAAACUACUGGAACACCCACAUUCGGAAGAGGCUACUCAGAAAUGGAAUCGAUCCAGUGACUCAUAGUCCUCGUUUAGAACUCAUGGACCUUUCUUCCAUACUCAACUCAGCUCAACUAAAUCUUUCAAACCUUUUGAACCUCCAUACGCUUGUAAAUCCCGAAGUUCUUAGACUUGCCACUCUAUUAGCCACAUCUUCGAAUCAAGAAAACCAAGAUUUGUUUUUCAAUAACCAAAUGAAUCCUAUGAACCAAACUCUUCAUCACCAGCUUCCAAACUGCACUUCCAUUCCAACAAGUGUUCCAAGUAGUCACCUUUUGAAUCAAGAGAGUCACAGUGAUCAGUAUUUUUCACCUAACAUGGUUAACAUGAAUGGGCAAGUUGUUGAUGGAAAUUUCAUGCCCCCAUGCAUAUCGAAUGAUCUUGUUACACUUCCAAUCGAAACGCAAAGUGAUCAAUAUAGGGCACAGACAUCAGAGACCUCGAGUUUCGAGCCAUCAAGUGUAGAAAAGAAAUACAACCCUACAAGCCAGAACUUCAACUUUGAUUCGGUUUUAUCAACGCCCAUGUCAAGUCCUACGCCAUUGAACUCAUCGUCAACUUUCGUCAACAGCAGCUCCACUGAGGAUGACAGAGAAACUUACUGCAGCAUGUUUAAAUUUGAGAUUCCAGAAAGCUUUGAGUUUGAAGAUUUCAUGUUAUAG